AUGUUCAAAUAUGCAACAACAAGAUUAACUACAACUGCUGUAUUGUCAGUAUCUUCAAAGAUAGCAUCAUCAUCAUCAAAAUCGAUAAGCUUUAGCACCAUCAAGAGCGGCUGCUCUAUAUCAUCAUCAUCAUCGACAACAACAUCACCAUUAUUAUCAUCAUCAUCAUCGUCACCACUAUUGAGCAGCAGCAGCAGUACCAAUACAAGUUCAAUCAGUAGUAGUAGUGGUGCAUCGAGAGGAUUGAUUUUAAAUAGCAAUGGUAUAGGAAAGUUUUUAACAGGUUUAAACAUUUUUUGUUUCGAUGAUGGCAGCUAA